GCUAAAGGCCGCAUCGCAUCAUCGCGAUAUCGGAGUCGCGAUGACUAGUCAGUACGAGACGGCAGCUCCCAGGAUUUAGACGCAUUAUUUCUCCUGCAUUCUUUUGGCGUGUAAUCGCGUAUUUUCUAACGUUUCAGGAGCGGGACCGAUAUCGACAUACCGGAAAUGAGCAUUAUAAAAUUCAUACUACCCACCGGACUUACACACUUAGUCCGAAAUUUCGCAGUUGCAGCAGCGAUGAGCGGAAACAAGGAUUACAAUUCGGCCACAUCGAUUUACGAUUUCACAGCCAAUAAUAUCAAGGGAGAAGAGGUUCCUUUAUCCAAAUAUCGAGGUCACGUAUGCUUGAUCGUAAAUGUCGCUUCGAAAUGCGGUCUUACACCUGCAAAUUACAAGGAGCUCAAUGAAUUGUACGACGAGUAUGCCGAAUCGAAAGGCCUACGAAUUCUAGCAUUUCCCUGUAAUCAAUUUAACGGGCAAGAACCAGGAAAUAGCGAGGAUAUUUGCAGUUUCGCCGAUCGCCAGAAAGUAAAAUUCGAUUUGUUCGAAAAAAUCGAUGUAAACGGAGAUAAAACGCAUCCACUCUGGGCAUAUCUGAAAAAAGAGCAGGGUGGCUGGCUUGGCAGUUUCAUAAAAUGGAAUUUCACCAAGUUUAUCGUCGACAAAGAGGGCAAGGUUGUCGAACGACACGGCCCUAAUGUGAAUCCGAGUAAGCUGAAGGGUUCUCUCGAAAAAUAUUUCUGAGAAGGGAGAGAAGAAUCAUCUUUUUUUAUAUAAUUUUUUAAAAUUAAUAUUCUUUAUCGUUUAUAUACAGAAUAUGAAAUUCGUAAUAUAUAGAUUCUGCGAUGCAAACUUAUAUAAUAUGAAAAUCUAUUUCUUAUUUCUUUACAAUACACACACACACACACACACACACACACAUAUAUAUAUAUAUAUAUAUAAUAAAAUCUUUUGGAAUUCUUUAAGUUGUAUUAUAUAAUAUAAAUGUACGAGUUGUCUAAGUAACUGAAAAUUAAUAUUUUAUAUUUACACAUUUCGUCUCACAUCCAUGCAUUUUAUUUAAAAUAAACGUGAACAUUAUUAUAUAUUCAUUUUUAUUAUAAAAACUAUUUAUAUUAUUCAUAUUAAUUUCUCGCUUCUAGUUUUACUUUUUACAACACUUAACAUCAAUAAUUAUAUUAAUUUGUAUCUAUCUUGUAUAACACUUGAAGUUAUUUUGCGAUAUAUCAUAGAAGAAGAAUAAAAAUAUGUUUAUUCACAUGGACAUAGAUUUGUCCAAGAUGUCAUACCCGAUCUUUAAAAAAUUAUAAAUCACGUUUCGAAAAAGAUUACAGAAAUAUAAUAUAAUAUGUUAUAUAUUUUGUAAAAAUCUAGCGUAGAAAGAAAGCAUAGUUUUCUUAUUUCAAUAUUAAUUAUGCUUUAUUUCCUUUAGUAGAAAGCAAAGUCGCUAGUUUACAUUCGUAUUAUUUACAAUUUUAAAGCUUGUUUAUAUUAUCGUUAAAACAUGAAAAUCUUUCGAGUACCGUAAAAAAAUAUUUAACAUAUAAUCGGCUUUCGGCUUUGUCCUUUAUGCUAUAGUAUAUAGUUAUAUUGAACUUCAUAUAAUCAACUUUUAUAUGCAUUUUCGGUAUCAAAAUAACUCCAACUUGCAUAUUAAUUAUAAAAUGAUAAUAAAUAAGCAAUUGUAUAAUCAAUUUAUCACACAUAGAAUUUUUAAAAUAUCCUGUUAAAUUCUACUCUCUUGUUUGCGUGAAACAAUAUACACAAAGAUUUAAUCAUAUUUUAUAUAUUUAUAUUAUAUUUUACUAUCUUAAAAAUUAAAUUAUAUAUCGAAUCAAAGUUGUGAAAAUUUAAUUGUAUAAUUGUGUGCGUAACCAAAGGUGAAAUUAGUAACUAUUCGAUUAGAAUUCGAUUAAAAUACACGCUUGAGAGAGACGUAGAAUUAUUACCAAUUAAUUCGGAAACUUCAAGUUGACGCUUCCUCCAGCGGAAGUAACCGUUGUAUUUGUUCAACUUCCACAAUAGGGAAUAUGACAUAUGAAUGUAAUUUCACUUCUAUAACACGCCCACUCUGUUUCUUUGUGAUAAUUAGUACGGUGACGCGGCCACUUUCUCGCGGCGUUUUAUGUUUAUUCCGCGACCUUGUCUGUUUACGGUGUCUCUAAAGCGACACUACACUUUUAGCUUAAUUGUACCUUUUUAAGCACUCUCUCCGCGAGUUGUUCUCGCGCAGCGGUCAUUAAAGCGUAGGACAAUUUAUCAUUAGGUAAAUAAAGAUUGUCUUAAAAAAGACAAACGCGCGGACAUCACAUUUAUCAAUGUAAAUAUAUCUCUCUCGAUGUAUUUCAAUUUCGAAA